AUGGUGUCUUCUGGUUGCAGAAUGCGAAGCCUGUGGUUUAUCAUUAUAAUCAGCUUCUUACCGAAUACAGAAGGUUUCAGCAGAGCAGCUUUACCAUUUGGGUUAGUUCGUAGAGAAUUAUCCUGUGAAGGUUAUUCUAUAGAUCUACGAUGUCCCGGCAGUGAUGUCAUCAUGAUUGAGAGCGCUAACUAUGGUCGGACAGACGACAAGAUUUGUGAUGCUGACCCAUUUCAGAUGGAGAAUACAGACUGCUACCUCCCAGAUGCCUUCAAAAUUAUGACUCAAAGGUGCAACAAUCGAACACAGUGUAUAGUAGUUACUGGGUCAGAUGUAUUUCCUGAUCCAUGUCCUGGAACAUACAAAUAUCUUGAGGUCCAAUAUGAAUGUGUCCCUUACAUUUUUGUGUGCCCUGGGACCUUGAAAGCAAUUGUGGAUUCACCAUGUAUAUAUGAAGCUGAACAAAAGGCAGGUGCUUGGUGCAAGGACCCUCUUCAGGCUGCAGAUAAAAUUUAUUUCAUGCCCUGGACUCCAUAUCGUACUGAUACUUUAAUAGAAUAUGCUUCUUUAGAAGAUUUCCAAAACAGUCGCCAAACAACAACAUACAAACUUCCAAAUCGAGUAGAUGGUACUGGAUUUGUGGUAUAUGAUGGUGCUGUCUUCUUUAACAAAGAAAGAACAAGAAAUAUUGUGAAAUUUGACUUGAGGACUAGAAUUAAGAGUGGAGAGGCCAUAAUUAACUAUGCUAACUAUCAUGAUACCUCACCAUAUAGAUGGGGAGGAAAAACUGAUAUUGACCUAGCCGUUGAUGAAAAUGGCUUAUGGGUCAUUUAUGCCACUGAACAGAACAAUGGAAUGAUAGUGAUUAGCCAACUGAAUCCAUACACUCUUCGCUUUGAAGCAACGUGGGAGACUGUGUACGACAAGCGAGCUGCAUCAAAUGCUUUUAUGAUCUGUGGAGUCCUUUAUGUGGUCAGGUCAGUUUAUCAAGACAAUGAGAGUGAAACAGGCAAGAAUGCAAUUGAUUAUAUUUACAAUACCCGAUUAAACCGAGGAGAAUAUGUAGAUGUUCCCUUCCCCAACCAGUAUCAGUAUAUUGCUGCAGUGGAUUACAAUCCAAGAGAUAACCAACUCUACGUGUGGAACAAUAACUUCAUUUUACGAUAUUCUCUGGAGUUUGGUCCACCUGAUCCUGCCCAAGUGCCUACCACAGCUGUGACAGUAACUUCUUCAGCUGAGAUGUUCAAAACCACAGUAUCAACCACAAGCACUUCACAGAAAGGCCCCAUGAGCACAACUGUAGCUGGAUCUCAGGAAGGAAGCAAAGGGACAAAACCACCUCCAGCAGUUUCUACAACCAAAAUUCCUCCUGUAACAAAUAUUUUUCCCCUGCCAGAGAGAUUCUGUGAAGCAUUAGACGCAAGGGGGAUAAGGUGGCCUCAGACACAAAGGGGAAUGAUGGUUGAACGACCAUGUCCCAAGGGAACGAGAGGAACUGCCUCGUAUCUCUGCAUGCUUUCCACUGGAACAUGGAACCCUAGGGGCCCCGAUCUUAGCAACUGUACCUCACACUGGGUAAAUCAGCUGGCUCAGAAGAUCAGAAGUGGAGAAAACGCUGCUAGCCUUGCCAAUGAACUGGCUAAACAUACCAAAGGGCCAGUGUUUGCUGGGGACGUGAGUUCUUCAGUGAGGUUGAUGGAGCAGUUGGUGGAUAUUCUUGAUGCGCAGCUGCAGGAACUGAAACCUAGUGAAAAGGAUUCAGCUGGACGGAGUUAUAACAAGGCAAUUGUUGACACAGUGGACAACCUUCUGAGACCUGAAGCUUUGGAAUCAUGGAAACACAUGAAUUCUUCUGAACAAGCGCAUACUGCAACAAUGCUACUGGAUACAUUGGAAGAAGGAGCUUUUGUCCUGGCUGACAAUCUCGUAGAACCAACCAGGGUCUCAAUGCCCACAGAAAAUAUUGGUCUUGCAAAGUUGGUGUUCAUCAUUUACCGGAGUCUGGGACAAUUCCUUAGUACAGAAAAUGCAACCAUAAAACUGGGUGCUGACUUUAUCGGUCGAAAUAGCACCAUUGCAGUGAAUUCCCAUGUCAUUUCAGUUUCAAUCAAUAAAGAAUCCAGCCGAGUAUACUUGACAGAUCCUGUGCUUUUUACCCUACCACACAUUGAUCCUGACAAUUAUUUCAAUGCAAACUGCUCCUUCUGGAACUACUCAGAGAGAACUAUGAUGGGAUAUUGGUCUACCCAGGGCUGCAAGCUGGUUGACACUAAUAAAACUCGUACAACGUGUGCGUGCAGCCACCUAACCAAUUUUGCAAUUCUCAUGGCCCACUGGGAAAUUGAAUAUAAAGAUGGAGUUCACGAAUUACUUCUUAAAGUCAUCACCUGGGUGGGAAUUGUCAUUUCCCUUGUUUGUCUGGCUAUCUGCAUCUUCACCUUCUGCUUUUUCCGUGGUCUACAGAGUGACCGUAAUACUAUUCACAAGAACCUUUGUAUCAACCUUUUCAUUGCUGAAUUUAUUUUCCUAAUAGGCAUUGAUAAGACAAAAUACAUGAUAGCAUGCCCAAUAUUUGCAGGACUUCUACACUUUUUCUUUCUGGCUGCUUUUGCUUGGAUGUGCCUAGAAGGUGUGCAGCUCUAUCUGAUGUUAGUUGAAGUUUUUGAAAGUGAAUAUUCAAGGAAGAAAUAUUACUAUGUUGCUGGUUACUUGUUUCCUGCCACAGUGGUUGGCGUUUCAGCUGCUAUUGACUAUAAGAGCUAUGGAACAGUAAAAGCUUGCUGGCUUCAUGUUGAUAACUAUUUCAUAUGGAGUUUCAUUGGACCUGUUACCUUCAUUAUUCUGCUAAAUAUUAUCUUCCUGGUGAUCACAUUGUGCAAAAUGGUGAAGCACUCAAACACAUUGAAGCCAGAUUCUAGCAGGUUGGAAAACAUUAAGUCUUGGGUGCUUGGCGCUUUUGCUCUUCUGUGUCUUCUUGGCCUAACCUGGUCAUUUGGGUUGCUUUUUAUUAAUGAGGAGACUAUUGUGAUGGCUUAUCUCUUCACCAUCUUUAAUGCUUUCCAGGGAGUGUUCAUUUUCAUCUUUCACUGUGCUCUCCAAAAAAAAGUACGAAAAGAAUAUGGCAAGUGCUUCAGACACUCGUAUUGCUGCGGCGGCCUCCCAACUGAGAGCCCUCACAGCUCAGUGAAGGCGUCCACCACCAGAACCAGUGCUCGGUAUUCCUCUGGCACACAGAGUCGUAUAAGAAGGAUGUGGAAUGACACUGUGAGAAAACAAUCUGAAUCUUCUUUUAUCUCAGGUGACAUCAAUAGCACUUCAACACUUAAUCAAGGACAUUCACUGAACAAUGCCAGGGAUACAAGUGCCAUGGAUACUCUACCGCUAAAUGGUAACUUUAACAACAGCUACUCACUACGCAAGGGGGACUAUAAUGACAGCGUGCAAGUCGUGGACUGUGGACUAAGUCUGAAUGAUUCCGCUUUUGAGAAAAUGAUCAUUUCAGAAUUAGUGCACAACAACCUGCGGGGCAGCAGCAAGGCUCACAACCUCGAGCUCACACUACCAGUCAAACCUGUGAUUGGAGGGGGCAGCAGCGAAGAUGACGCUAUUGUGGCAGAUGCUUCAUCUUUAAUGCACAGUGACAACCCAGGGCUGGAGCUCCAUCACAAAGAACUCGAGGCACCGCUCAUCCCUCAGCGGACUCACUCCCUUCUGUACCAACCCCAGAAGAAAGCUAAGCCUGAGGGGACUGACAGCUACGUCUCCCAGCUGACAGCCGAGGCCGAGGACCACCUACAGUCCCCCAACAGAGACUCUCUUUACACAAGCAUGCCCAACCUUAGAGACUCUCCAUAUCAGGAGAGCAGCCCCGACAUGGAAGAAGACCUGUCUCCAUCCAGGAGGAGUGAGAACGAGGACAUUUACUAUAAGAGCAUGCCAAACCUUGGAGCUGGCCAUCAGCUUCAGAUGUGCUACCAGAUCAGCAGGGGCAAUAGUGAUGGUUACAUAAUCCCCAUUAACAAAGAAGGGUGUAUUCCAGAAGGAGAUGUCAGAGAAGGACAAAUGCAGCUGGUGACAAGUCUUUAA